GAUUUGUGUGUUGGGUUGAUAUUUUAUCAAUCUAUGGCUCAACUAUGCAAGAAAGACAACAACGACCUAUAAACCAGAGACCUGUCCGGUUGGCUGGAUAUUACACAACAGGAAAUAUCAGUGUGAAUAAACUCAACAUAAAACUAACUGAGCUAAACAAUAGUUCAGUAUGUGGCGCCGCCUGGCAGAGCCUUUGUGGACGUUUGGUGGCACCAGAUAUGAAACGUCCAUUCAGCCCAUCAGCUCUGACGAGCACUGAGCGGGACAGAAGAGGCUUUGGCGCUGGGCUCGGAGUGCAGAUGGACAGCGAGCCCAGCUGUGACAACCAGGAUGAGGGUGCAGUACCGGAUGAGCAGUCACCAGGGGGUGCCCUGCCUUCUGUGCUCUGCAGACCAAAAAGGGAGAGAAAGCAUCGGAACUACACAUUGUGUGAGGUCUGCAACAUCCAACUCAACUCAGCUGCACAGGCCCAGAUCCACUACAACGGCAAAUCCCACCAGAAGAGACUCAAGCAGAUCAGCAAUGGCAAGAUGCCCAGUAACACAGGUACGUCGGCCCAGAGCAGCCCCCUCCUGGCUUCCCUUCCCGUCCCAGGACGGCCUCUGCAGCCUCCGCUCGACCUUAAACAUCUACUGCCCUUCAGACUCAAUGGAUCCUCCCCCCUUAGCCUCUUUCCUAACUUCAACACGGGCUUCGGUGGGCUACACACAUACUUACAGAACAGGAGCUACAUCCAGAUGGACCCUGUCCAGAAGGCAGUGAUCAACCACACAUUUGGUGUCCCUCAGCCCCUCAAGAAGAAACAGAUUAUCUCCUGCAACAUUUGCCACCUGCGCUUUAACUCAACGAACCAAGCAGAAGCCCACUAUAAGGGCCACAAGCAUGCCCGAAAGCUCAAAGCCAUGGAGGCCCAGAAGAACAGGCAGCGGCGAGCUGGGGAGGCCUCAUCCAUAGGAAGGGAAAGAGACCGGGAACGAGAUCGGGACAGGAGCAAGACGUCCACAUCCGUGGCAGCUCUUCCCGUACUCAUGGAUACAAGCUUAGUGGAGGGAGCAAGUCUUCAGUCUGACCAAGAACCAGCCAACUUGGAGGCAAAGCUUGAGGAGAGUCCCAGGAGCUCUGUUAUGCUGACACCAGUAUCUGAGGUUUCCUCUGUAGAGUUGGUCACCCUUUCUUCUCCUCAGAUUUCGCCAUCCUCACAGCUCUCAGAGACUGCCUCAGACACCAGUGCCCCUGAAGUCCCAGAGGCUAUCGAGGCGGCGGGCCCGAUCACUGAGUCAGGCAGCCAGGCAGACAUGUCCAUCAUAAAGGACGAGCCACAUACAGAUGAAGACAAGGACCCAAAGAAGAGCAAGGCUCACCUCCAUUGUCCUGUCUGUAAAGUCACAGUCAACUCCAUCUCCCAACUGGAAGCACAUAACAGCGGCACAAAGCACAAAUUGAUGCUGGAAGGUCACAGUGUUCUGCCUCGGCGCAGGGGGAAGGUGGUGGCAGCUCGUGCGGGCUGCAAGAGCAAGAGGCUGGCUAGCAAAGGCAGUGUCGGCGUGCCUAGCAAGAACUAUCAGUGUGAAGUGUGUGAGAUUUUUGUGAACUCUGAGACCCAGCUUAGCCAGCACAUGAAUAGCAGAAGGCACAAGGAUAGGCUGGCUGGAAAACCACCCAAACCCAAAUUUACCCCCCACAGCAAGAGCCAGCCAAGCACCAGCUUAGCGAACGUGAGAUGGAGUGGCUAUGCAGGCAUGGCUGUGUCUGCCAUGAAGAAAGCGUUCAGCCAGUACAAUCUCACCUCCCUCUCCUCGCAGACCAAACUGGCCUUGCAGAAGCAGCUGACCAAGAGCUUGACAACUGGCUUCCUUCCCAGCCCCCUCACCCAGCCAACUCUGUGCACAUUGGCAACUAACCCACUGGCUCUGCGCCACCCAGUGGGCACCACCACCUUCAUCCAGACCCCCUUCCUGGGCCCUGCACUGUUUCGGCCAGCCCCGGGGCCACUGCGGGCCACACACACACCCAUCCUCUUCUCCCCCUACUAAAGACUUGAUCCACGUCCCCUUUGAGCUCCAUCCUUGUCCCUUUACCAAACCCCAGACCCUCCUUUAGUGUGACCCACAUGACAAAGGCCACACGCAAACUAUGCAGCCCGCCUGACUUACAACCGAAAGAGUGCACAAGUCCGGAUGCUCAGGAGGCCAUUAGGCCUGAGAGCUGUUCCUAUCAUAAAGGCCAAUAUCCCCCAUCAUGCCUUCUUUCUGUUCCCUUUAUCAAGACCUACGGAGCAGGACUGGCCUCCAGACAGUUACUGGUGCACAGAGGCCACUUUUAUAGCCAUUACAUGGGUCAAACUGGUUUGGAUUAUGGAUAUUAUUGUGUAAUUUAUUAGAGAACAAAUGUAGACUAGAUGUAUGUUUAGUGUGGUUGCCACAAAAGAAGGUCCCUUUACUUGAUGCUCUUUUAAAACAUUUUAACUUAUUGGUUUGGGGGUUUUAUGAAAAGUGGGUGGAGUGGGUGGGGGCAGCUGAACAUGAGGCAUCCACCUGUAUGGAUGGGCAAGCCGGUCUAAGUGCUCAGUGUUUUCAACAAUCAAGCUUAAAGGACUGUCUGAGGUCAAUUGCUGUCACGUUUCAUCUCGAAUGUGGCAAUUAUCCAACAGUCCUGUGAGUGGUAUGUCAAGCUAUAACUACAUCCCAUAUAUUAAAACUUGUCAGCAUCAUUUUGCACCUCUGGCUGUUUCCCAGAGAUCUUAACUCGUACAAAUGAAAACUUCUAUCUGAGUCACAGCCACAUCAACCGCCCUCCAGAUUUUUUCCUUUCUUGUAUCCCUGUAUAUGUAGGAUUAAGCACUCAUUAGAUCCAGUAAAGGUCAGCAUGUCAACUUGACUUUGUUUCAAUUUGUAAAUCUGUUUUCAGAAUUAUUUGUUCAGUACAUCAUUGAUGCAAUGCAACUUGAACAUUAUGUUCUUGCCAAGCUAGCGGCAUGAAAACAUUUUUGCAGCCAUGGAUGUCUUACAUUUGCAAAAGGCCAUUAUUGCUUUCCCCUCGUGACUGCUAUUUUUCUUUUCCUCCCUCCUUUACCCCGCUGUCACCUCGCUGUUGCCCUUGAUUUUCUGUGGCAUUAUCUCAGCAUGAGAUGAUGAUGAUGAGGAGCACGCACACACAAUUACACACAUAAUGAAAACACAAUGGAUAACUUGAAGACUUGAUGGGAUUUUAGAGCUCAGUGAAAGUUUGGAUGACAGUGGGUGGGGAGCUUAGCCAAUUCUUGAUUGACAUCCUGUUGCGGUGUCUGCGCACAGCGUGGGAAGGAACAAAGCACAGUGCCAUGGCAACCACAUUAAAAGCACCUUAAAAACUGAUUUAGUUACAAAAGCAAUGAAAAUUGUGUUGAUAUUCGCCUUUGUUUUGCCCUAGGUGUGUUUUUACAAUCCCAUGUCAAUUUCAUUUGAAAGAAAAAAAAACUAUCAGGCGAGAAUGAUCACAUUAUGGUUUAUCCAUAACUAAGACAAGUCUCCUAUAUAAAGCAAUACAUUCAGUAUGUUUAUGUUUAUGAUGUGUUUCCAGUGUGUUAAUGGCUUUAUCUAUUCUAUACUGUACACAACUGUAACAAUGUAUUAUGUGCUCCAACACAGCCAAGGGCCAAGUCUGAAUUGUCAGUGAAGAGUCAUUUGAAAUAAGGGGUUGUCCUGUCAGUGCUGCCCUUGAUGCUUGACGCUUAUGGUCCAUCUCCACAUGUUGUGACUCUGGGCUGAGCCGUUCCAUUUAUAGCUGCUCUCGCGCUGCGGAGAGGGUGCUUCAGCGCCAUAUGACAUUGCUGUUCUACUCUUUAGUGGAGAACUUUCGUAUGACUUCCACUGAGCAAAACAUUGUUACAUCAGAAACACGUGUUUGGGAUAAGUGUCACAAGCGCAACAUCAACUGUCAUAUUGCUGUUCAUGCCCGUCCUGUGUGCUGUCCCCCAACCCCUUCAUCACCACACAGGAUAUAGCUACUGACACUUAACCCUCCCUCUGCCAAAAUGAACGGUUGCCAAGGUAUCAUAAGAACUCAAAUUGUACGCAUCCUCCUUCCUUCAUCACUCACACCAAAGUGUGGACUCAUAAAUUACAGUAAUGGAGCAAAUCCUAUGCAUUUCUCAUUGUGCAAUAUGUAAAGUCGUCUGUGAUGCAGCAGUGACAUCUGUCGUAAAAACCCUGUAAUUGCCAUCUAGUACUAGUGCUUCUACAAAAACUUUGAUUAUAUGUACAUUUCUGUUUGAGGACCCCCAAGUCUUUCUGGGUAAGCGAGGCCAUACUGAUGUGAUUCUCCCCAAUCACACUACUCAGUGAACCAGCCAGCCUUUAAUCUUCACUGUUUGUUUGUUUGAUGAGUGGGAACUCUGACCUAAAGAACUGAAACUUUCUUAAAAUAAAGAAUCUAGAGAAGGCAAAUUAUAUGUAGAAAUCAUAGAGUAACUAUAGAGGUUGUAUCAGAGUUAUUGUUAUCUGUAUCAUAAUGACCUGCUAUCAUAGAAGAGAGUAGAUUAUGUUAUUGUAGGCUCUGUACGACAUACAGUGGAGAGUAAAAAAAGCUUUGCUUUCUGUCUUUUUUUUUGCUUAUUUACAUGGGUUUUACUGACAUGUUUUUUUAAAGUACAAGAGAAAAUAUUUUAAACCAUUUUUUUUGAGUGAGCUUUUUUUCUUCUCCUUGUUGACGGUGACUGAAUUAUUGAUGUAAUUCAAGGCCUUUUUGGACAAUAUUCUAAAGUCACAUUAGACAGGCCUUCUCAGGGGUGACAGGUUGAGCAAAUGCUAACAUGACCAUCCAUUCAGGGUAUCCCUCCACAGCUCUCUAGAGAGCAGGAAACACUGUACACAUGGAUGGAUUGACAAAACACUUACAGUGCUGUACCAUAGAGAGGACAAAGGAUGGAUUUUGGAAAAUAAAGCUUUUAGAACUUGUAAA